CGUCAGACGGGCGCUGUGUGUUGUGCAGUUCCAUUGUGGUUCCACUGUCUAUUGCGUUCUGCCCCGCGUGAACAAACACGUCUCCACGUAGUGCGUGAGUCAUUGCUGUGUGAUUACGAGGGGUGGACGGGAAAACCUAAAGUGAAGGUGGCUAGAACACAAUCUGCUCGUUAAGCAGCAGCGAGAAAAAUGGGACAUCGUUGGUUGCUGUGAUGUUGUGAGAAAAAAUGAGUCAGUGAAAUCGUCUGGCCAUGGUGAUCGAAUCCGGAAGUGGCGUCUGCUUUGCAUCUCCACAACGUAUCACCUAUCACCAGUCACUAGCCAGUCACUGCCUGCCCUUCGUUGGCGAUUGCGUGUCGAAGAUGUACGGUUAAGGGCGAGGAAGUCGUGUUUAGUGUCAUUUGCAUUGUGCACCGUGUGUGCGUCCGUACCCGCGAGCGUGCGUGCGCGCGUGUGUGUGUGUGUGUUUGUUUUCGUGAAUGAAGUGCAUCACUGUGACAACAAAUCGCGCGUAGUGUAGAGGAAGCAAUAACAACCCCGACAAGAAAAACAGGCGACUCUGUGUGCCACCUGGCGACGUUUUGGUUGCUUUGUGGUGUGGAAAGUAGAAUUGAUUCCAGACUGUGCGCCACCCAGCGACUAUAUAUCCACGCAGCCACUUUGUGCAACAUAAACGCGCGGGUCACCGCGGAAUAUCCGUGUUGUGCAGCGCAGUGUUCGAUUGAUAAGCGGAUCCGAAGGGAGUCAAAAGUGACCAGCAAUGGAUUCGUUGCGAAAAUGGUUGAACAAGCCGAAGGCUGACGACAAAUCGCUUCUGGCACGAUUUUACCAUGCUGAUCGUGCGCUGACAGCGAUUGCCAGCGAACUGGACAGUUUCGAUGGGCGUGCAGAGCCCGUUCGUUGUACACGACUUGUAAGCCGACUUCGUCAAGGACAGGACCGCGUCUUGGCGAUAACCAAUCAAAUCAUGGACGAGCUGCUCGGUGAUGAUCGUGCACAGCGUGCCUUUCGGGUGAAAUUUCCCGAGGAGGUGCUGCAGGAAAGCUUGGCCGGGCAGCUGUGGUUCGGUGCGGAGUGUUUAGCAGCCGGCUCGUCGAUACUGAACCGCGAGGCCGAGUCGGCGAAGAUGCGCCCGCUCGCAAAAGCGGUUACCAAGAGUCUCGAGAUUGUGCGGAAUCGCCUACGUGAGCAGUGCCUUCGCAAUAACACACCCAACAGUCCGACGUUGCGGCUGGACUUCAACGAUGCUGCAACCGAGCAGCUGUACGAGAGCCUAAAGAUAUUCGAUCGUCUGUUUGCCGAGUUCGAGCUGGUGUACGUCAGCGCAAUGGUGCAGGUGAAAACGAAACAGGAGUACGAAAUGCAGGAGCUAAUCUGCGUGCUGUUCUCCGAAACGCUCCAGCGGGCAUUAAAGAUUGGACUGCUCGAGCAGGAACAGGUGGAUUCGUACGAUCCGGCGCUAAUGUUCUCUAUACCGCGGUUGGCCAUAAUCGCCGGUUUGGUGAUCUUUCGCGAUGGUCCACUGAAUAUGGAUCAGCCGGCAGAUAACAUUUCGGAGAUCUUUCGACCUUUCCGGAAGCUGCUGAUAAAAAUGCGUGAUUUGCUGCACACGCUGACAAAGCACGAAUUGUACCAGCUGGAGAAGCUGCUCUGCACAAACGAAGAGAUCAGUGCGGGCGAACAAUUGAUCUGUGAUGAAAAGGGUGGUGGUGGCGGUGCCACCACCGGUGAAGGUGUGCGAGAUUUCGAUGCACUCGAGCCAGUGGGCGAAAGCAAAGAGCAUGUGGUCAUUGUAACAACGACGACGAUCACGACGACGAACGCGGCCAAUGUAGCUGCCGAUGAAAAGACGGAUGUGAACGAUGCUAGUGAAGGUGAUAAAAGUUUGCAUAUAGUUAGUCAAGGUUAUGGGGUGAGCACUAGCAGCGGUGAUCGGAACGGCACUGGUGGUAACGGCAUCAACGCCGAAUGCUGUAGCACCAGCAGGGCAAAGAAUCAGCACAAUCAAAGGCAUUUGCGGCAAACGCGGCCUACCUCACAGGUCUCGAAACCAGUCAGUAGUUACGGUGGGGACGACAUACCGGAGGUCGAUGAAGACAAUAACAAUCACAUUCAGAAAGCUGCCGACGGCGAUGACGAGGAUGACGACGAAGGUGACAACGAUCCGAACCUGAAAGAUGGGCUGGUCACUACGGACUGUGCUUCGGGAUACCUGAUACCAAACACCAACUUUGGCAACUUAUUACAGACAAAUGAGGCACCGCUUACGGACAGUUUUAUCGCGACGGACGACGAACUGCGGCUUCUCGGUACCGAAGUUUCCUCAUCUUCGAAUGUGACCCAAGGGAACAUAGAAAGCAUUCUAAAGAGUCCCAGUCCCGGCGACCAGCAGAAGCUGGUGGAUUCAGACUCCGGGCACGGUACGGCAAGUCACAGCACGGAUAUGUCUCCCGAGCUGGACACCGAACGGACGGUGCACGAACAAAAUAACGACGUCGCUGGUGAUCCAUUGUCGACGGUUGUAGCGCAAAGCAAUGCAAACAAAUCCGUUCGCAACCGAUCGAGAAGUGGCAGCAUGCACAAGGCUCCCGAAAUCAGUGAAUCCUCGAGCGAGGAUGAGGAAGCGGACGUCGACGAACCGGACGAUAUGGAUGCAGACGACGACGAGGAUGAAGAAGAGGACGCGGAAAAGUGUUACACGGAGAACGUGAAGUUCAGGCUAGGUGGACCGCCGAAGGAAAGUAUAACGUUUGAUGCCAAAGACAUCUCAGCUCGGCCUAGCUCAAGCCAAACGAAGCAAUCGCAGUAUAAUAACCAUCGCAAGCAGAGCCACCAUCGACCACGGGCAUCAACAUCGACGUCAUCGACAUACCGUAAACCUCAAUCGCAUCAGCAUCAUCAUCAUCAUCAUCAUCAUCAUCACCAUCACAAUCAUUCCUAUGCUGCAGCGACGGAAGCGACCAGCUCGGUUGCCAGCACUACCACCGGCAAGAAUGGAACGAACGGAAGCACUCGCCAUAGCCGUAUGCAGCAACAGCAGCAUCAGCGUAGUUCAUCCUCCAGCUGUGAUACAUCACCAACGCAGAGCGAAUGCAGUGAUGUGCAGGAGGUAGUACUAGCGAUCAGAGCGGUCGGUCGAAAUAACUUUCAAACAACUGAGAACCUUCUUCAUCGUCUGUUUGUGUGCAUUGCCGGUGUGGCUGAUCAGCUGCAAACGAACUUUGCGGCCGAUUUGCGCAAAAUGCUGAAAAGCGUAUUCAUCAUGAAUUCGUCGCCGCCCGAACCCGAAGAACCCCCGGAAGCGAACGCCAACGUGGAGGAAUCGAAAGACAACCACCAUAACCCGUCCGAUUUGUUCGAGUUCCGGGCAAGUGAACAGGACGUCAUAACGGCCGACCAGCAGAACCACAGCGGCGGCUCCAGUCAAAGCAUCUACUCAGCGGAGGAGGCAAACCCCGAGCAGGAUUCGGUGUUUGCCUCGUCGGGCGACUCAUCACCGGUGCGUCGAACGACCAGCGUUGAGGGCCGUAACGUGACGGUGAAUGUGUCCGUAUCGGUGGUCGCGUCAUCGCCGAGCGGUGGAGCUGGCAGUGGCCACAGCAGUGCCGGCAGUGCUCGCACAGCCCAAGAACGUAGCGUUAGUUUAAGCGAAGCGUGCAUCGUUGUCGAGGGAGGAAAAACAACGUCCGGAACUCGUCGGCACAGUGCAAGCGGGUCCAAAAGCGACUACGGCCGUAGUCGCAGCAGUCCAAGCAGUCCAACCAAUAGCAAUAGUAAUGGCGGUUGCGGUAAUCAUCACGGUUCCGCCAACGCUACCACCACCACAACAGCCACGUCAGGGCGAGAUUUACACAUAGAGCAACAUCAGUCACAGCGAAGGAUGCCAGAGGAGCCACCGAGGUGGAUCCCGGAUUGUGAUGCCCCACGGUGCAUGUCUUGUGCGUCGGCUUUUACACCGUUUCGCAGAAGACACCAUUGCCGCAACUGUGGUGGGGUGUUCUGUGGCGUUUGUUCCAAUCUAUCGAAACCGCUACCAAAAUAUGGUCUGACAAAAGCAGUGCGCGUGUGCCGGGACUGCUACAUUCACGAGGUUGGAGUGUAAACUAGCACGUCGAACGUUGGAAAACAGUAGCCAAAAGUCGCAUCAGACGCUAGGGUCCGCCAUUUCCGGCGCUUAGUGUGUAGUGUGCUGGUUAGAUUGUUACAUUCAUGCUUGAUAUGCUUAUGUUUUUGUUUUGUUCGUGUUAUUUUUCUUUUUGUUUCACUUUUUCAUCUGCUUGACUGUAUAUUUGGACGUGCGGAAGCUACAUAUUUCUCGACGAAGUGCAGUUAUUUUUACUUUCUUUUUUCAAUAUUUGUGAUAGACUUUCAUCAAUUGACCAUCAACGCAAAUGCAUCCAUUUGGUGGGAACAUACAUUGUUCUCUUGUUUAUUAUUUGCGGUCCACUUUUUCUUUUGUACUUUGAUUUUAAAUCUUAAUAUUUUUUGUUAUUGUGUGUAUUCAAAAGGAAUGGCCGGACCGCAUUUGUGUUGAAAUGUUUAGGUUUCGAAAUGAAGCAAUUCGCAUGUUUUUUGUUUUGUUUUUAAUUCUAUCGCAAACCGAAGAAUACUUCACCGUGCACCUUAAGCAUCAUACAAAUUAUUUGAUAUUGUUUAAUCAUUUGAUUUACGAUAAAAACAAACAGUCUGUACGAAUAAUUAUGUAAAAACAAAAAUAUCGACGCGUAUAUUCAUACGGAAACGGCAUAUAAUUUGACCAACUCAUGACACCAAGAACGUCCUGGCCCCGCCCCCGCAACACAGGAUAAAUCGUUCAAAACAUUUACUGGCAAGCCAAUCAAAACUGUGUAUCAAAAUGUUGUUGAAUGUGACGCGUAUUCCAUUUAAAAAAGGACCCCCCAUCGAAUUAACUAAUCUAAACUUGCUAUCAAUAUUCAGCUCCAACACAUUCCCCGGCAGCAAUCGAGACGCGCGAACCACGGGAGUAAUAGUUCGGCUCGUAGCUACGCGAAAGCAGGAAACUAAUGCCAGCAGUAAAGACUUUGUUUUAAGUACUACCGUACGAUUUGUUGCGUUGUUUGCCAGAUGUUUUUUUUUGUAUGCAUUUUCGGGAGUUGUGUCGUGGAUGUGACUAUGUGCAUGAAGAUAAAUAUUUAGUCAUUUUAGUCGAAUGAUGAGUGCGUGCUUUUCUUGCUGUACCCACCUUUGUGUUGCCUCCUGGCACGCCGUCGAAGUGAAGUUACUAGUUUGAUUUAUUGUUUUUUUUUACCCUUUUUGUUUAUUACCGUUGUAUAUGAAUAGCAAAAUUUUCGAUUAUUACCGUGUUUUCCAAAUGUACGAUACCGCGAUAUACAACGCCGUAAUGAUGAUCCACUCGCGCUCGGUAGCGCGUUCCAUUUUUCUGUGCAAGAUUCCCGCCAAAAAGAUGUGAUUCGUCGUGUGGGCAACGGGGUAAGCAUAGUGUUAAUCGAAUUAAAGUUGAACAGGCAAGUUCUUUCUAUUGCUUUUAAAGUUUCCGGAAAGAAGCAAAACAAACAAUAAAGUAUGUACGAUAAAGCGAUAAAAGGCAGUGAGGCGUAGGAACAGUGCAAGCGAUUCGUAUGGGUUACGUAUGGAGAAGAUAGGGGAAAAAAAACAUUACCCGUACACGGAACAUUGCAAGCGCAGGUACGAAUGAACUGGUGUAAAUGGAAAGGAAGCAUCCCCAUCAUUUGAGUGAUAUCUUUAUAUAUUUUUAAAAUUGAUACCAUAAAUGCAAACAAAAUAAAGUGAAUGAAA